AUGGGCAACCUGCGCUGGGUGCACUUGGUUCUCGUUGCCAUAUGCUUACCGAUUGUACAGCUCUUAGUUCUAUACUUCUACACCAUUCCUUCGACGCUGACAGACAAACGCCGGCGACAUCUGCCUCCUGGACCGAGAGGUCUACCUUUUGUGGGCAAUUUGUUCGACCUCAGCGAUUCUGAGCUUGUGCGACAAAAGGCUCAGAAUUGGUUUCGACAAUAUGGAGAUAUCUUCUAUACCAAAAUUGGGGGAACAGAUUACAUCUGGCUCUCUUCGCCUAGAGCUGUGAGAGAUCUACUUGACAAGAAAUCAAGUAUAUAUUCUUCUCGAAGUCCAGCACCCUUCGCACAAGACGUGGCUAGUGGCGGCAAGCGUCAGUUGUUUAUGCAAUAUGGCCCGGAGUGGCGCCAAUUGCGCAAGACGAGCCACUCGCUGCUCAACAUGCAAUCUGCUAUCAAGUAUCAGCCUAUCCAAGAUUAUGAGUCGAAACAGCUUAUGAUCGAUCUCAUCCAAGACCCAGAAAAUUUCUAUGAGCACAAUAGGCGCUACAGCUCGUCGGUUAUUAUGUAUGUUACCUACGGCUACCGCCUCCCAUCCUGGGAACACCCACUCGUCAAGAAGAUAUUUUCCGUGCUGGACAAUCUAACGGAAAUGACGGCCCCUGGCGCUCAUGUCGUCGACAGCUUUCCUUCCCUAGCCAGUCUACCUCAGUGGCUCUUAGGAAAUUGGCGUAGUCACGCGAAGAAAGUUUUUCAGUACGACAGCAAGGUAUAUCUAGGGCUGUGGAGAGAGCUGAAGGAGAAGGUUGACAAUGGAACUGCAAAGGAGUGUUUCGUCAAAGGCUUCUACGAACAAGACCUUAAGAAGCAUGGUAUUGACGAAUUGCUAGCGGCCUACACAUGUGGAGGCCUCGUGGAGGCUGGUUCAGAGACAACUGCAACGACCCUCAAUAAUUUUAUUCUCGCUAUGAUCCUAUUCCCUGAAGCGGCUAAGACAGCCCAGGAAGAAAUCGAUCGAGUCGUGGGAGAGGACAGAAUGCCUUCAUGGGAUGAUGAACAGAAUCUGCCUUAUGUGAGGGCCUUGGUGAAGGAAACGCUCCGCUGGAGGCCUGUCAAUAAAUUUGGUAUGCCUCAUUAUACUAGCGAGGACGAUUGGUACGAAGGAUACUUCAUCCCCAAAGGGUCGGUCGUUAUGCUUAAUUGGUGGGCCAUUCACUUUGACCCAAAAUUACACCACGCUCCUGACACAUUCGAUCCGGCGAGGUACCUGGGCAAACCACUACCCGCGGCGGAUUACAUCAACACCAACGAUCCCUACUUACGUGACCACUUUACUUACGGCGCAGGGCGUCGAGUCUGUCCUGGUGUACAUGUUGCCGAGCGGUCCUUGUACAUCAACAUUGCGCGAACAUUGUGGGGAUUCAAUUUAGCUAAGAAGAUGGGAGCGAACAAUAAACCCAUCGAGCCCGAGACGGAAAUGGUACGAGGCUUUUUAAGCGUCCCCAAGCAUUUCGAUGCGGCAAUCACGCCCCGAAGCGAGGCUCACGUACAAUGUAUGCGGCGAGAGUUCGAGCAAGAAGUCGCUCGUGGUGGCAUCUAA